CUCUCUUCCUCUUUCUCUUUCUAUCUCCAUGCUCCAAACCCUUCUCUCUCUAAAAUCCUCUUUCAAAUUUCUCAUCGGUGUCUCUCUUUUCGAACCCCCAGCAUCAGCUCUCUCCAUCUCUCCUAAGAUCGCUCUGUUUCUCUUCUAUGUGGUUCGAAAUCUAUUCUAUUGAAGACGCGUAAUUGACUUUCCAGGACCUUGGCUCUUGGAACUGCAUCGUUGUUUGUAACUAUUUGUAUGGACGAAGUUAUCAUUUGAAGUAUUGGAAGGAGAAGUCUGCAGAUGGCACCGGGUAGGAAGUCAAGGAGUGUGAACAAACGUUUCUCUAAUGAAACUUCUCCGGAAAAAGAUGUCUGGAAUUCAAGCAAAAGCAAGCAGAGGAAGAAGAAAUUGUCAGACAAGUUGGGACCUCAGUGGACCAAAGGGGAGCUUGAGCGUUUCUAUGAUGCCUAUCGGAAGCAUGGGCAAGACUGGAAGAAGGUAGCUGCCUCAGUGCGUAAUAACAGAUCUGUGGAAAUGGUGGAAGCCCUUUUCUAUAUGAAUCGGGCGUACUUAUCCCUGCCUGAGGGAACUGCAUCUGUGGCUGGUCUCAUUGCAAUGAUGACUGAUCAUUACAGUGUCAUGGAUGGGAGCGACAGCGAAGGAGAAGGGCAUGCUGCUUCUGGAGUGCGAAAGAAAUAUCAGAAGGGCAAGCGUACGAAAGAAUCUCGAGAGGAAACUAAUAUACCACAUUCAAUUGCAUCGGCAGAUGGAUGCCUAUCUUUUUUGAAGCAGGCACAGGCUUUUGGAUCUCAGCGUCGUGCUACCGGAAAACGUACACCCCGAUUUCCUGUUCCAAGUUCUUACAGGAGGGAGGAUAGAGAAGGGUCCACUCCACUUAGUAAAAGAGCUAGGAAGCCAGUCGAUAAUGACGAUGUUGCACAUUUUGUAGCACUAGCAUUAACAGAUGCAUCAAAAAGGGGAGGUUCUGAGUCACCAUAUAGAAGAACGGAGCACAGUGACAGCUCACCAAUUAAGAGCUGGGGGAAAAUGUCACAAGCAAGGGAAGCUCAAUCCAAGCUCCGUGAUAGUUCCAUGUGUGAAGAGUGGGUGGAAGGUAACCGAGAAAGGAAACGUAAGAAGGGAGGCUCUGAUAGAGAUGCUACCUCUUUGAUGGAUAUGGAGGGGGUUGGCACAGUGGAGGUUCUACGGAGAGGGAAAAAGUUCUACGGGAAAAAAGCAAAAGUCGAAGAAGCAAAAGGCAUUGAUUCUGAUGACAGUGGAGAAGCAUGCAGUGCCACUGAAGGACUUAGAAGUAAAUCACAGAAAGGAAAAGUUGAUGUUGAGGCCUCAAGGGGGAAAUUUUCACCACAUGGCCCAAAGAAAAGGAAUAAGAAGCUUCAAUUUGGGGAUGAAUUUGAUGCUCUACAAGCAUUGGCUGAAUUGUCAGCUUCAAUGCUUCCGGCGGCUCUGAUGGAAUCGGAAUCAUCCGCCCAGUUAAAAGAAGAAGGGACCGCAAAUGACAUGGAUGAGAAGUCUAGCACUCCAGAAGCCACAUCCACAAGCCAUCAUGGGGAGAAAUCAAAACAAGUGGAACCAGAAGAAAGUGUCCUUCAUGCGAUUUCAGCUGUUGAGAAUACUAAAUAUAGAAAACCGAAAUCCUCGAGGCAAGCAUCGGCGGAUGGUAUUGCUGGGCCUGCAGGGAAGCAACAGCAGCAACCUAGUGGCACAUUGAGAAGAAGGCGUAAACCAAAGGUGCUAGAUGCUGAACCUCCAACAGAUUCAAACCAGAACAAAUCCACAUUGAUGAAGGAAUCAGCUCAUGAUGAGAAUGCUAAGUCUGUGGUUAAAACAAAACGUACUGUUCAAGUUCCAGCACAGUCGAAACAGUUGAAAACUGUUAAGACAUUGGAGGAAUCUUCUUCAGCUAGCGAUAAGAAAACUUUACCGGUUUCUGCUUCUGCCAGUUUACCGCAGAAACCUCAGAACAGACGCAAGAUGGGCCUGAAGAAAACGUUACAAGAGAGGGUUAAAUUUUCUGAGACCACUCCUAAAGCUUCAUAUGUCAAUGAAUCUCUUUUAGAACAUGAAUUAUUGAAGGAGAAGCUUUCAUCAUGUCUAUCAUAUCCCUUGGCACGUAGGAGGUGCAUAUUUGAAUGGUUCUAUAGUGCUAUUGACUAUCCAUGGUUUGCAAAGAUGGAGUUCGUUGAUUACUUAAAUCAUGUUGGACUUGGCCAUGUUCCCAGACUUACUCGUCUUGAAUGGAGUGUCAUCAAGAGUUCGCUUGGUAGACCUAGGAGAUUCUCUGAGAGAUUCUUACAGGAGGAAAGGGAUAAACUCAAACAAUACCGUGAAUCUGUGAGAAAGCAUUACACAGAACUCCGGGCAGGUGCUAGGGAAGGACUUCCGACUGAUUUGGCUCGGCCUUUAUCGGUUGGGAAUAAAGUUAUUGCUAUCCAUCCUAAAACGCGAGAAAUUCAUGAUGGGAAAAUUCUCACUGUGGAUCAUAACAAGUGCAGCGUUCUGUUUGAUCGUGAUGACUUGGGGGUUGAGUUUGUUAAGGACAUUGAUUGCAUGCCUUUGAAUCCAUUAGAGUACAUGCCUGAAGGUCUGAGGAGGCAAAUUGACAUGUGCAUGGCAAUAAGCAAAGAAGCACAUCUAAACAGACAUCCAAAUUUUGAAGGGUCUGUAAUAUUCCCUUCGAGUGUGCUUGAAAAUGCUAGCUUAUACAUGAAACAGGGUGACACAAAUGGACCGAUUUUACAAGCUAAGAUUUUGGCAACCAACACUACUAGUCCACAGCAGGCCACCAACAAUCACCCUUUUAUUACAACCUUUAGUAAAGCUAGAGAAGUUGAGAUUCAACGAGCUCUGGCAGUGCAGCGUUCUCUAAAUGAAAAGGAAAUAGAGCCAGAAAUGCUCGAAAUUGUCAAGGGUUCAAAGUCAAGAGCUCAAGCAAUGGUAGAUGCAGCUAUUAAGGCUGCAUCUUCUGUGAAGGAAGGGGAAGAUGCGAGUAAAAAGAUCCAGGAGGCUAUAGACUCCAUAGGCAAACAUCUGCCACUACACAGCUCUAUGGUCCCUGGUGUCAAGCAUCAAGAGCAUGCCAAUGGCAGCUUGGAUCAUCAUCUCAGCCAGUCUCCCUCUGAUGCAUUAGAGUCACUGGUUAAUGGUUCCAUCUCACAGGACGGUUCAGGGAAAAACGAGGGGCAAAUGCCUUCUGAGCUCAUCUCCUCCUGCGUUGCCACUUGGCUCAUGAUUCAGAUGUGCACGGAGAGACAGUAUCCUCCAGCCGACGUGGCUCAGCUAAUAGACACUGCAGUCAUGAGCUUGCAUCCGAGAUGCCCUCAGAACCUGCCCAUCUACCGAGAAAUCCAGACGUGCAUGGGUCGUAUCAAGACUCAGAUUCUUGCCCUUGUACCGACUUAAAGACAGAACAGUAUCCCUCCCUCCAUUCUUCUUCUUCUUCUUCUUCUUUCUUAGGUUGCUUAUUCGGUCUCUCUGUUGAUGAUGACCUGAGUAGAUGAUGUUACCAGAUAAUAUGAUAUGAUGAUACCUUUCCUUUCCUCAUGUCUGCCGGCUUCAUAGUUAAAACUGCUUGAAUGCCAGAUUCAGUGAACAUUGCUUUCUGGCAAAACUGCCUCUUUAAGCUC